AUGAAUUCUUCUAAUGAUUUAAAUGCAGUCGAACUUCUCGACGAUGUUGAUAAUCUUCUCUUUUUGUGUGAUCGUCUUAGUAAUCGUUUACAUCAAGUUACUUCCUAUGUUGAUGACGUAAAACAAUUGUGGAUAAGUAAACGACGUUCAAUUGAAUCAGAUCCCAAUAUAUCACCUCUUAUUGCUCAAAAAGCAUCUAAAUGUAGUAAGAUUUUAUUAAAUGUUGCUGAAAAACUUGCAGUUGUUGAACUUCAAACAGAAUCGUUACAUGCUCUUCAAUCACAAACAUUAAAUGUACCUUCCUAUGUUACUGAAGAACGUGAAGCACGUCUUUCAUUACCAUCAAAUAAUUAUGUAGCACCACACCCUGGUUCAACUUCUGCACAAAUGACACAUGUCAAAAAUGAAAGUAUCAAUAAUGGAUUUGCUUCAAAACGAGACUCAUCUUCUGUUGCAGAACGUUCAUAUGUUAAUCAACAUAUUGGCGUUGGUUUUCAAACUUCAUUACAUACUGGCACAAAUUCAUCAAUUAAUACAUUUACACCGAGAAAUACAACAACAUUAUUCAGUGAAACAGCUACAAUAAAACAAUCACCCGAACAAUUUCAAUCACAACUAGAAUCUGCUUUUUAUCGGCCAUCAUCUGGUGAAGAUAAUUUUACUUUUAAUCAAGAAAAAUUCUUAUCACAAAAUCUUCCUAAUUCUCAAACAUCUCAUGUUCAAACAGCACAAAAACCAAUGCAAAAUGGAUUGAUAAAUGGUUAUCAAAAACAAUCAUCUAAUGCUAUUAUUCCUCGUCCAUCAACUUUAUCGGAUUCAUAUCCAUCUAGAACAUUGAAUGAAUCUAAUGCAAUUAAUGGUGGUAAAGUUCGAGUCAAAAUGCAAGUAAUUAAAGCAAGUACUAUAUGGCAUAAUGCUGACAUACCAAUUAUUGAUCAUCCAUCAGCAUUUUUUGCUUGUAAUCAAGAUCCACGUGUUGCUGAACAAUUUAAUAUUAUGGCGAUAGAAAUGAAUAAUCAUUACAAUAAACCAACAAAUACAACUGUACCGUUACACAAUCCAGCUAUUGGUGAUUUUUGUGUAGCUCGUUUUAGUGAAGAUCAACAUUGGUAUCGAGCUCGAGUUGUUCUCAUACAUGGUAACGAUUCCAUACUUAUUGUUUUCAUUGAUUAUGGAAAUUCAGAAACAAAACCAGCAAAUGAAAUCUAUCCAAUGCAUGAACCAUUAUCUCGUUUGCCUGCUAUGACUGUUGCUUGCACACUAGCUGAAUCAUUUCCUCGAAAUGAACAUUUUUGGUCUCCGGAAACAACUGAGAUAUUCAGUCAGCUCAUCAAAAAUCGUAUUGUUGAAGUUCAUUUUCAACAAGGCAGUGGUCAACAAUGGCCACUUCAUUUUGUUAAAGUUAUGUUAGAUGGCCAGUCGAUUGCUCAACAUCCAAAACUAGCAUCGCAUAUAACUGCAGCUCGAAAUGAACAAAUCGCUAUGCAUUUCAAUGAUAAACUGACAUCAAUGGAAUAUAUUUUGUAUAAUGUAGCUGUUGUUGAAUCAGAUAUUUAUGCUGGUAGUAAUAUGUGUGUGGUUUCAUAUCCAUUGAAGCGUUCAAUUGGAAACAUAUGGUUUUAUCCAAAUGCUCGUUUUCGACCGCACUUGCUUCCAAUUAUUAAACAACAUGUUCCAACAUCUGCGACACGACCACCAUUUAAUGACCAAAAAUCGAUAUUGAAAUAUAUACUUUUUAGAGGCGAUCCCCGAGAAUUUCUUGGUUAA